AUGGAUCCCUCACCAGACCCGGUGAACAAUUGGUCGGUCUCCGAGACGAGCGCCAACUUGGAGUCACCCAAUUCAAUUUCAAACCCUCCCGACACGAAUUCGAUUCAAAGUGCAGUCAAUGUCGUUCUACCGUCAGUGCCUGUGAGCCCAUCGCAGCCUCGAGCUCCUACCCCAUCGCCGACUGUCUCACCCGGUGAAGAGAUCGAACAUGCAUACUGGGCCGAGUUCCAAGAGGACACAACUACCCCAGAUGAGGAGGAGUUGAAGGAGAUCGACGGCGCGGAUGCCGAUUAUAGUGCCUGUGAUUAUACGUAUUGGGAGAACAAUUUCUUUCGAGACCUGGAUGAUCCUGAGUAUGUCCCUGGGGAGAAAGCUCGCGUGACGUGGACUAUCAAGGGUGUUCGGGGUACGCCAGAGUCUCCCAAUCGGGCCAAGGUUAUGCGAUCCCCAGCCGCCUAUAUCGGAGGUUACUGGUGGCGAAUCAAGUUCUAUCCUCGCGGCAACAACGUGGGCUCUCUAAGCAUCUACAUCGAAUGCUCUCCGACUUUGCCCGCGCCGGACGAUACUCUUCCCGACACCGAGUUUACGGUUCGCCGGAGCACCUCCGAUGUCAGGUUGAAAGAUAGCAUCCCCGAUGUCAGCCUCAAGACACCCGCAACAAAUGAUGCCGCCGCCUGGCAGGAAGAUUUCAUGUCUCAGUAUCCUGUUACGACUACGGCCCCCCGAAUCACUCAAGAUGACCCUGCUAGUCCGUGGCGAGUGGCGGCACAGAUUGGCGUUAUCGUGUACAAUCCCGAAGAGCCUCGAACGGGAUGGAUGCAGUCUUCAUGCCACCAAUUCAAUCCUCACAACUUGGACUGGGGGUGGACUUAUUUCCAUGGCCCGUGGGAUCAGAUUCAUCAGCGUCGUCGGGGCCAACAUCGUGCCUUGUUGAACAAUGACACCCUUUCGUUCGAUGCUUAUAUCCGUGUGGUCGAUGACCCAACCCGGUCUUUAUGGUGGCACCCAAGCGACGCCGAACCUACCUGGGACAGCCUGGCUUUAACUGGAUAUCGUCCUUUGGGUGAUUCAGUGAUCAAUCACAGUGCUGAGGUCGCUGGUCUGGCUUCAUGGCUCCACAUUGCUCCAUUCUGCAAGAUUAUCCAGAAGGUGGAUGUUCUCGAACAUCUUACCAACUGCGACGUCAAGCCCAAGCCUCUGUGUGAUGCUCUUCAACGGCUCCUGUGGCAGUCGCGCCGUCGCACUCAAUCUCUUCAGUAUAUUGACACUGAUGGCAUUACAUCCACCUUGCGCAAUCUGCGUGAAUUUUCAAGUGAUGUUUCAGAGUUCUGGGAACGCCUCCGUCGGACACUCGAAUUGGAAUUGGCGGGCACCGAUGCCCGCAAGGAACUCGCCGAGCUCUUUGACAGCCCAUCUCCAGACUCGGAUUCUGUCAACACACUUCCCACAGAUUUCAACUCUCGUAUCUGUGUUCGGGCUGAUGAGGUCAAGUCCACUGGUGAGGCUGUGAAGGGAUAUCUGGAAAAGAAGCCCGGCUCUUGGACACUCCCGCCUGUGCUUCAUAUAGAACUUGGCCGCCAUACCCUGGAUAAGGCCAUGCGCUGGCAGUUGUGUUUCAACAAGGUGGACCUAGAUGAGGAAUUGGAUCUGGCGCCUUAUAUGGCCGACGGCCAAGGCGGCAAAUAUGUUCUCUAUGGCUAUGUUGUUCACCGUGGCCGUCGCACUUCGGGCAAGUUCUUCAGCAUUCUUCGUCCCGCCGGUCCAGGAACCAAAUGGCUCGCAUUCGACGAUGGCAGUGACAACCGCGUUGAAUGGUUAACCCAAAAGACUGCAAUGGGCCCUCAUCUUGGUAUUGAUGCUUCACAGACUGUGGAUUACAAGAAGGGCCAUGAUGUCCCCGUGGUGGCCAUGUAUGUGCGCAGUGACAUGGUGUCAGAGCUCCUGCCUGGUCCUCAGGGGCCUUGGGAGGUGUCAGAGCCUAUGAAACAGUACUAUGAGACUGGUGUCUAUCCGUUUGCCCCAGUCAAAGAUGCGGCGCUAGUGAAGGAUGAUGUUCAGGUCGAAGUGUACUCCACGAGAGAGUAUGGUCAUCUGCCUAGCCUCUUUGACACCUACGAUCUCAUGUCUCAUUCUCAGAAGGCCAACGGUGUCAUGUAUAUGAAUCUGCCUCGAUCGUCCCGCAUUGCUGAGCUCCGCAAGAAGCUCUCCUUGUGGAAAUCGGCCGGACAGGAGCUUGUUGGACCUGAGCGCGUACGUCUUUGGCACAUCGGGCACACUCGCGCUCAAUGCGGGCCUACCCUUGCGUUUGACCUGAUCUCAGACAUGAAUGCUCCCUUGAUUGCAUCUGGUGGCACUCUUCGAUUUUGGAUGGAAACGAUCUCAGAAGAGGAUGCCAAAUUUUUCGCGAUUCCGGAUCCACCUUCAUUGUCAACAGCUGAAGACAAAACUGAGGAAUCUAUCAUUGAGCGGGCUAUUUCGGGCAGCCCCGAACCACAAUUAUCUGAGACCGAUGGAGACGCUGUUGCUAGCUCUUCCAGUGGUAUUCAUGAGGUUGUUGUCCCAACAGCCGAAAAUCUGGACGCUACUAGGAACGGGUCUUCUUCACCUCCGCUUGCGACCUCAUCUCCCGACAUUGACGCUUUCACGGAAGAGAGAGCUGAGCAUGAUGCUGUCCUUGCUGUGGUCGCGGCCCACGAUCAGCAAGUCACAGAUAGCGCCUCCUCUAAUACUUUUGAAACAAGUCAUUCUGGCGCAGCCCCCACAUUCGCGCAUGUCGAGACUCCUGUACUAGAGCCUGCAAUUGCAAGCUCUACCGAACCAGAGGUGACACUGCCGGUCGGACAUGCGUAUUAUUUCAUCCAGAUAUUCGACGCAGACGAUCAGGUUCUUCGCACGGUGGGCUCUUUUUUCUCCAAGCUCGAGGCCAAUGUCAAGGCGUCCAUUCGGAAGCACCUGAAGUGGCCCAUCCGCCGAGAUUUCCUUAUGUGGAAGCGAGUUGAUGGCACCACCGUGACGACCGUGUCCCCGGCCGAUAAUUUCCUAGAUGUUGUCGUUCCCCAUGGCUCUUGUCUCAUCGUUGGAGACAAGUUGAGCAAAGAGAAGCGCUCCCAGCUUAGCGUCUCUGGCCUGUUCUCAAGCCCUGAUCGCCUGGUCCAAUACCUGUGGGCUAAAUCGCGCAAUCACCCGAUUCAAGGCUUCACCGGUACCAAGACGAUCGAGGCCACUUUCACCAGCGACUAUUACACCGGAGACAUCUUGAAGGGAUACUAUCAUGGUCACGGCAAGCACUUUUCGGGCACGGGAACCGUCUACGAGGGCGACUUUGUCUUCGGACAGCGCUAUGGUUCAGGCAAGAUGGAAUAUCCGACAGGUGAUACUUAUGACGGUGAUUGGGUCGAGGAUGUGCGCCACGGACAAGGCACCUAUGUCGAAAAGAAGACGGGCAACAAGUAUGUCGGCGGCUAUAAGGAUGGCAAGCGACACGGCAAGGGCAUCAGCUACUGGGAGGUGGCUGAUGAAGAGACGGAUCUCUGCCAAAUUUGCUAUUCCGAGGAGCAAAACGCCGUUUUCUGCGACUGUGGCCACGUCUGCUCUUGCGUGACCUGUGCCAAGCAGGUGGAUCUGUGUCCGAUCUGUCGCAAGACCAUCAAGAGUGUCAUCAAAAUUUACAGGACUUAG